AUGUGGAAGUCCCUGACUUUUUCGCUAUCAUCAGCCUUCAGUCUCGCUCGUUGCGCUUCAACUGCAACGGAAUCAGCUCCACUUAUGAAGACCUUUUCCAUUUACAGAUGGAACCCAGAUAAACGUGGAGAAAAACCCACUAUGCAAAAUUAUCAAGUCGAUCUUAAUGAUUGCGGACCCAUGGUCUUGGAUGCUUUAAUCAAGAUAAAGAAUGAACAAGAUCCUACUCUGACAUUUCGACGUUCUUGCCGUGAGGGAAUAUGUGGUUCUUGUGCAAUGAACAUAGAGGGUCGUAAUCACCUUGCCUGUAUAUGGGAAAUAGAUCCAGAUGUUAGCAAGACAACUAAAAUAUAUCCAUUGCCUCAUAUGUACGUAAUUAAGGAUCUAAUUCCAGAUAUGAAUAAUUUUUAUGCUCAGUACCGUUUUAUUGAGCCUUAUUUGAAGAAAAAGAAUGUGUCUGAAGAAGAUAUUGGGAAAAAGACUUAUUAUCAGUCAGUGGAAGACAGAGCAAAGUUAGAUGGGCUUUAUGAAUGCAUUCUGUGUGCUUGUUGUUCUACAUCGUGUCCAUCUUAUUGGUGGAAUGGUGAUAAGUAUUUGGGUCCCGCUGUUCUACUUCAGGCUUACAGAUGGUUAGUCGAUUCACGUGAUGAUUAUACGUAUGAACGUUUGGCUGAGUUCCAAAACAAGUGGUCACUUUAUCGAUGUCAUACUAUUAUGAAUUGUACAGAAACUUGCCCAAAAGGAUUGAAUCCUGGUUUGGCUAUUGGAGAGAUUAAGAAAAUGCUAAUCUAUUUCAAUCAGUAUAAACACAAGAAACCGGAGACGAGAACUGUCUAG